UGAGCCGCCUUCGUAAAUCUGGACUGUGAAUUAUGAAUUCUAGUCAUAUCUAUGUACCAUAAGAAAGAAAAAAUUACAAAUACACGAAAAUUAAAUCAUGGACCGAUCUUGAUGUUGGACAGUGGUAUAUUUCUCUAUAUUUCCCUCUGAGACAAAUAAAGUUUUAUCUUAUCUUAUUUCAGCCUAAGAACAACAUAAGACUACUUGCAUUAACGCACUAACUUUCUGUUUCCAUUUCCAUAAAUAUCAAUGACAGCAUAAAAUGCCGAGCAGAUCGAAACUUCGCUUACUGAUAAACCUUAUCACAAUCGAUGAAACCACCAACUUGUAUUACAUGUUUGUGGUGAAGCUGUGCGUCUAACAAGUAGGCUAGGCGCUGGGCACGUGACCUCGGGCGUGCAGACGGUUGGUGUGACCCAGAUGUCGAUCUAUUUUAGUGUAUGACACACUGUGUGUGUGUGAAACACCAGCUGACGAGACGGCCUGCUCAGCGCGAUCUGACAACUGUAAACAAACCUUGCGAGAAGUGAAACGAAACUGGAUCGUCGACAUAACUGGAAUUACUCUGUACGCCAUUUCCUGGUACUAUCUGGGUAUGUGUCCGUUAAACAUCUGGAGGCUUCAGGCCACUGGACUAUAAAUGCUGCAGCAGGAGUUCAUUAAUGACACAAACAAUGGAUGUACACAUCAGGAGAAACGAGAAAUCGUUCUACCAGAAACAGCUUCCUUCUUCACAUACCUCAGACUCGGUGAGCCGAUUAAGGAAGUGAAUCGUGAGGUAGUUUCGUAAUAUGUUGUGAACAUCACAUCUAUAGUAGGCAAGCCUGAGGAUGAAAUUUAAACAAAAUAUCCCGGUCGACGAGCAAGUUCACUGCAUUUCAAACGUUCAGGGACAUAACUCUUACCAACAAAUGUUAAAAAAAACAAAAAAACUCAGUCAACAACAACAACAAAGCGUUCCAAGCCGAUCUCAACAAAUGAUUAUCUUUAGUGUUUGCAUUAAUAUAAAGUAAAUUGUUUUACAUCCAUUACAGUUUUGAAAGAGUUUAAGUAGUUCUUGAAGAAAAGCCAUGGGAUCAAAGGACGAUGAUAAUCACAUGGUGAGGUUUAAAGACGAUGUUGAGAAAAUAUUUCAGAACGCUGAAACAGAAAUUAGUGGUGACACGUUUAGGUUUGAAGCAGCGAAGGGGCUUGUGACAAUUGUCCGGCAACAUGUCGAGAGCUACACAACACAAGGCUGUCCUGAAGCUGACCUGGAAGCUGCAGUGCUUGAACGAGCAUUGAAAACCGCCUCGACUCUAGUAGCUGGUGUUCAGGAGAACAAGGAGGAAAUCUACGACCCUCGUCAAACUCUAGUUUAUCUUUGCUCUGCUCUCUCUGUGUCUUCGCUGUCUCUGAGUAUUGUCAGUGAGAAUGGACGCGUCGUCUACAAACUUUCUGUUGGGGGAAGAAAAUGCCUUACCCUGAUAGAACAGCUACACAUAUACUGUAUCACGAAGGGCAGUUGUGAGGACCCUAUUACCGAAGUUCAGAACCUUAUCUGGCUCUCCCGCCUGUUGGUGAAUCUGGCUUUUUGGGUGGAGCGCACGAGGCCACAUACCUCCUACUACAUUGUGUCUCUAGUGAACAGACAUAACAUCGUCCCGUACAUCGUCAUACCACAGAUGAGACAACUGUACUCUGCUGCACUGGUUGUUGUUAUCUCCUCUUGGCUGAGAAUGGAACAUCAACAACAUUACAAAGAAUUUCACAGACUUCUAACACGAGGAGUAAAUGUGGCCGAUCUUUCAGCACAGUAUGUGGUUAGGUACAACAUCGUAUAUGCCAAACUACUCUACAGUUGCCGUCGAUUCACAAAUGCCCUUGACAGAGCAAGAGAUGCACUCAGCGACUCACAGGAUGAUGAGGAGAGAAGGGAAAUUGAAGAGUUAAUCACACAGCUAGAAUCAGCUCUCUCACAGCCACAGGAUGAUGAUGCAGAAAACGAGAUUGAUGAAGACUGGCUUACUGACACGAACAUUUCUCAGGGUGAACUGUCUGCCCGUCAAGUUGAAGAAGCUCGAUUUCGCUAUAGACCAACCCCGAAACACAAAAGAAGAAGACGAUCGUCGAUAACAUACGCUCUUCGAAGUCGGUCUCUCGAAAGAAUACCUGUGACGGCGGGCGGUAAACACGAUGCCCAAGAGUGUCUUCCUGGAAACCUACCUCUGCGGGCGUCAGCAGUUACACACAGACUCAACGAAAGCACCCCUGAUUUAAGACGCGUAGGCAGCUUUGUGGACACCUCUGAUAAUGACUCAUCAACGCCUGAGCCUCCUACUUACAGCAGUGAGUCUGAGACAGAAAAUGACGAUGAAGAAGAGAAACCCUUUCGGAUCGGAUAUGACGACGAUGAGGAAGAACCAGUUGACGACGUCUUAUCGGAAGAACCAGUCUCAACAGUGGUGGAUGACGGGAAAGACUGGUUUGAGAAGAGUGUGGAGGACUUGAAAGUGUAGAGGAAUGCUUCAGUACAGACAAACACAUUGAACUCUCACCACAGCAAAAGGAACUUUUUGAGAGAGACUCCGGCAGAAAUAGUUUUUACAAACCUCUACGAAAGGACGCUGAUUAUCUAGAUGCACUAGUGAAGUCAAAUCCUGAUAAAUACAAACGCUGUCAGCUGAAAAUCGAGUUUUCACACAAGUCUGUUGCUAGGGUUCUGGACAAAGACAGCAAGUUUCCAGAAAUUCUCAUCUGCGGAAGAUCGAAAUGUGGACAAACCUA